UUUUAUGCUCUAGCUGGUUGUGCUGUGGGGAUUUCAGUGAUACUUUUUACCAUGAUGUUCUGGGAUGUGAUUUUCCACGAGACGAUAAUGAUGAUACGCAUGACUGUGCUAGGAGUCUUGGUCGGGUUUUACUUCGCUAUUUUGUUCUUGUCAGGACAAGCAUUGGAAAACGAAAUCGACCAAAUAAGUGAGACCGUGAGUGACAUCGAAUGGUACUUCCUCGACGCCCCUAACCAAAAACUGUACCUCAUCGUCCUGAUCAACAGCAUGCAGUCGUACCGAGUGAAAUUCUUGAGCCACAGCAUCAACUUCCAGCUGGGAGUCGACGUGGGAAAACAAAUCUACGCCGUCGGUUCCGUUUUGAUCAACAUGAAAAGCCGCUUCGUUAAUAAUAAUAACAAUCUCGCUAACUGAACCACGUAUUCCACUUUUUAAAAUCAC